AUGGGUGUUCUUAUGCAUGCUGAAGAUUCAACUCAAGAAGAUUGGCUAGAUCGGGGAAUGGAGUUCAUGAAAAAAUCAGUGUACAAGAUUGCAGCAAUCUGCUUCAGUCGAGGAAAUGAUAUGAAAAUGGCUAAAAUCGCAAAUGCUCAUCAAAAAGCACAGGAAGCUUUGAUGUUGCGAGGCAAAUCUUCCACAACUAAAAAAAUGAAGGAUAUGUUUCUUUCUGCUGCAUACGACUUUCUGGAGUGUGAAAUGCCGUCUCAAGCGGCGAAGUAUCUUGAAUUCGCAAAGGAACAUUCUUUACUUGCGACUCUUUUCGAGAAUACGAAUCAACUCGAAAAAGCAGCUGAAGUAUAUGAAACAAAGGGAGAUCCAUUAAAAGCCAGCAGAUGCCUUGAAGAAGUUGGAAAAUUUAGACAAGCAAUAGAUCUCCUUUGCGCUAAGAAGCAAUUCGAAGUUGCAAUUGAGUGUCUUCAUAGAUAUCUGUACCUAAAACAGAAUUACGAAAAGAAAAACGAGCCAUUGCCGAACAAGCUUCGAGAAAAUUCACCAACUCCUGUUCAAACAAUAAUUCAAUUAAGUCAGAUGGCUGCUGAUAAGUACCACUUACAGGGGAAAGUUGACAAAAUGUUGUCAUUCCUUCAACAAAUUCCAGAGCUUGAAGAUAGAGUAGAUUUUCUGGCAGAGAGGAAUCGUACCGAAGAAGCAAUAUCUUUACUACAAUCACCAGGACAUGAAAGACUUCUCAUUGACUUCUAUUUAAAGUGUGGUCAAACUGAGAAUGCUCUAAAAUAUGCAGAAAACAUUGGGGACGGAGAAUUGAGAAACAAAUGCCUUUUUGCAGAUUGUUAUUUUCAAUUUUGUAAAGGAAUUUACUUUGAAAACAUUCAAAGCGAAAUGUGUAAGAAGUUAAUCGGAGUUUUCCACGCUAUGCAUGAUUCAAAAGACAAAGUUUUAGCUGGAAAAGUAGCUUUACUAAUUGGAAAAGUUUCAAAAAAUCAAGAAUAUGUGCAUAAAGCAUUUGGUGAGUUUAAUCAUUGCAGACCUUAUCCUAAUUUAGCAGGACAACAAGAAUGUAUGGAUUGGAUGAUAUAUCACUCAGAUCUUGCGGAUAAGGGAAACCAAGUUAAGUGCAUACUGGGUAUGGAAACUCUUUUCAAGGCAUUGACUAUUUUAAUUUUGCCAAUAAAUGAAAGCGAAAGGCAACGAUUGAUGGAUAUUUUGGAGUAUUAUGGUUACCAUAAGACUUAUGAUGACAGAAAUUUUUUUGUGUAUCCGUCACAAAAACCCACUGCGCUAAAGAUUUCACCAAAAAUUGAAAAAUCUAAUCAUAUAUGUAAAGUGAAAUUAGAAACUGCGAAGAAUGAUAUUUGUCGCUAUCUCAUUCAGCAGGGAGAGAAAUGGAUGCAGAUAUUAGAAGACAUUCUAACAAGACAAAAAGAUGACCUUUUUUCAAAAUUUGUCGAUUCAAACCUGACCGAUACAAACCUCUUCCUUGAUUUGAUACAAAUGGAUAUACAUUUGGUUGAACUUGAAGCACAUGUAUAA